UUGUUCGUCAGUCAGUCAACCUGUGAGGAGAGUUUUUACAAUGGCGUGGCAGUGGCAGGGAGCCUCCGCUCUCUGCCCCAGUCCAGCAUCAGAAAACCACUUGUAAACAUCCAUUAGAAGGUUCUCUGCAAAAUGCAAAAAGUAAUUUAGUGGACAGUAGAAUGAAAACGUUAGGGGACAGUGUAAAUUACCGCUGAGAUCCUGCUCUACUAACUGUUUGAAAGUACAGGAUUUUCCCUGGGAGUGCUUUGCCAUGUCGUUAUUGUGUGUCAGAGUGAAAAAAGCCAAGCUCCAAGGACCUCCAGACAAGUUCAACACCUAUGUGACGCUGAAGGUGCAGAAUGUUAAGAGUACAACUAUCACUGUGCGGGGGGACCAGCCCUGCUGGGAACAGGAUUUCAUGUUUGAGAUCAACCGGCUGGACCUCGGGCUCAUUGUUGAGGUGUGGAACAAAGGCCUCAUCUGGGACACCAUGGUGGGGACAUCCUGGAUUCCACUUAAGAGCGUCCACCAAUCAGAGGAGGAAGGUUCAGGGAACUGGAUCCUUCUGGAUGCUGAGGUCCUGAUGAAAGCAGAUGAGAUAUACGGCACAAAGAACCCAACACCUCAUCGAGUCCUGCUGGAUACUCGCUUUGAGCUGCCUUUUGUGUUACCUGCCGUAUCUGUUUCGCCAGCACAGCUCACAAGGCUCAAGCCUUGGGAUCACAAGGCAUACAUCCCAGAUGAUGAGGCACAGUACUGGACUGGAAAGCUGGAGCGCAUAAAUACCAUGAGAAUCCAUGAUGAGUACCCUCUUCAGGAUGACGUUCAGGAUCGCCCACUCCCAUUUGCACCCUCCCAGUGCUCUCUGGAUGACCAGGACAGCGCUGUAGAUGACCGGGAUAGCGACUACCGUAGUGAGACAAGUAAUAGCCUGCCUCCUCGUUACCACACAACGGCUCAACCCAACUCCUCAAUGCACCAGUAUCCCAUGGGGCCGAGGCAGCAGCACCACCCAGACUCCUGCACAGACUCUGUCCACAGUUUGGACCUGGACUACAGGGACCAAAGAGGAAACAGUCCAGUGGAAAGUAGUCGCUUUGGGUCAUCUGGAAACCUGAGCCAGACCAGUUCCCAGCUUAGUGAAACUGGCCAGGAGAGCACUGGAGGCUCAGAACUGGAAGAGUCCUUCCACUCCUAUCACACUGCUGGCUUUCAUCCCUCCAACAACGGGCAGUCAUGCACCAAUGGACAUCUUUCCACCAAUGGACACACUUCUGUUAGUGAGCAGGGAAUACGUAGGCUGUCCCCUGAGGUAGGACAAGGCCUGAAAAAAGACACUCCAGAAAGACAGUCCUCUAAACUCAAAAGCUUCCAUGAUGAUGGCCCGCCACUACCCUUUUCCCCAUCCAGAGUCCGUUGGUUGAAGGCCAUUAAUAAAGUCAGGGUCCAGCUGAGGGAGGUUGGAGAUGAAGAACCUAAUGUUAGACAAGCCUGGGUCAAACCAGGUGGUGGAUCUGGUCUGUAUGGAAUCGACAGCAUGCCAGACCUGCGCAAAAAGAAGCCUAUCCCCUUGGUCAGCGAUGUGUCUCUGGUCCAAGCCAGGAAGGCAGGGAUUGCAUCUGCUAUGGCUGCACGUUCCUCGAUCAAAGAUGGGGAGCUGAAAAACCAUGUCUACAAGAAGACCCUUCAAGCUCUUAUCUACCCUAUAUCCUGCACUACACCCCACAACUUUGAGGUUUGGACUGCCACCACUCCAACAUACUGCUACGAGUGUGAGGGGCUGCUGUGGGGAAUAGCCCGCCAAGGCAUGCGUUGCUCUGAGUGUGGGGUGAAAUGUCAUGAAAAGUGCCAAGAGCUGCUGAAUGCUGACUGCCUACAGCGUGCUGCCGAGAAAAGUUCUAAGCAUGGAGCUGAAGACCGGACUCAGAAUAUUAUCAUGGCUAUGAAAGACAGGAUGAAGAUCAGAGAGAGAAACAAACCAGAAAUCUUUGAACUCAUCAGGGAAGUGUUUGUCAUUAGCAAAGCAAUCCAUGCACAGCAGAUGAAGACCAUCAAGCAGAGUGUGCUGGAUGGCACCUCAAAGUGGUCAGCCAAGAUCACCAUCACAGUGGUUUGUGCCCAAGGACUUCAGGCAAAGGAUAAGACAGGAUCCAGUGAUCCAUAUGUGACUGUACAGGUGGGCAAAACCAAGAAGAGAACCAAGACAAUCUAUGGCAACCUCAAUCCUGUCUGGGAGGAGAAGUUCCAUUUCGAGUGCCACAAUUCCUCUGACCGAAUCAAAGUGCGUGUGUGGGAUGAGGACGAUGACAUCAAGUCCAGGGUGAAGCAGCGUCUGAAGAGGGAAUCUGAUGAUUUCUUGGGCCAAAGUAUAAUCGAAGUUAGAACACUGAGCGGAGAAAUGGAUGUCUGGUACAACCUGGAGAAGAGGACAGACAAGUCAGCUGUGUCAGGUGCCAUUCGUCUCCAGAUCAACGUAGAGAUCAAAGGAGAGGAGAAAGUGGCUGCGUAUCAUGUGCAGUACACAUGUUUGCAUGAGAACCUCUUCCAUCAUUCAACUGACAUGCUUGGCCAAGGUGUGGUGAAAAUUCCCGAAGCUCGUGGAGACGAUGCAUGGAAGGUUUACUUUGAAGAUGUGGCACAGGAAAUAGUGGACGAGUUUGCCAUGCGCUACGGGAUCGAAUCGAUCUACCAAGCCAUGACCAACUUCGCCUGUCUGUCAUCCAAGUACAUGUGUCCCGGGGUUCCUGCGGUGAUGAGCACCCUGCUGGCCAAUAUCAAUGCCUACUACGCCCACACGACUGCCUCUACCAAUGUGUCCGCCUCCGACCGCUUUGCUGCCUCUAAUUUCGGGAAAGAACGCUUUGUUAAGCUUUUGGAUCAGCUGCACAACUCCUUGCGUAUUGACCUCUCAACUUACCGGAACCAUUUCCCUGCCAGCAGCAAGGAACGCUUGCAGGAUUUGAAAUCCACAGUAGACCUUUUAACGAGCAUCACCUUCUUCAGGAUGAAGGUUCAGGAGUUACAGUCUCCUCCCAGAGCCAGCCAGGUGGUGAGGGAUUGUGUCAAAGCCUGCCUCAACUCUACAUAUGACUACAUCUUCAAUAACUGUCAUGAGCUGUACAGCAGGCAGUACCAACCCAUUGACACGAGCAAGGAGGAGCUUUCAUUGGAGGAGCAGGGUCCAAGCGUUAAGAACUUGGACUUCUGGCCCAAACUCAUCAUGCUCAUUGUCUCCAUCAUCGAAGAGGACAGAAACUCUUAUACGCCUGUGCUGAACCAAUUUCCUCAAGAACUGAGCGUUGGAAAGGUGUCAGCAGAGGUCAUGUGGACAUUGUUUGCUCAAGACAUGAAGUAUGCUAUGGAAGAGCAUGAGAAGCACAGGCUGUGUAAGAGCACAGACUACAUGAACAUGCACUUCAAGAUCAAGUGGCUCUACAACGAAUACGUCAAGGAGCUGCCAAACUUUAAGGAGGUGGUUCCUGACUACCCAUCAUGGUUCCUACAGUUUGUGCUACAGUGGUUGGAUGAAAAUGAGGACGUGUCGAUGGAGUUUAUGCAUGGAGCCCUUGAGAGAGACAAAAAAGACGGAUUCCAGCAGACCUCUGAGCAUGCUCUGUUCUCCUGCUCUGUGGUGGACAUCUUUACACAACUCAACCAGAGCUUUGAGAUCAUCAGAAAACUAGAAUGUCCUGAUCCAAAUGUCUUGGCUCAAUACAGCCGCCGUUUCUCCAAGACUAUUGCCAAAGUUCUUCUUGAGUACAGUGCCAUUCUGACCAAAAGUUUCCCUUCAUAUAUCGACAAGGAGAAGAUUCCAUGUGUCCUGUUGAAUAAUGUGCAGCAGUUAAGAAUCCAGCUGGAGAAGAUGUUUGAGUCGAUGGGUGCCAAACAGAUGGACACUGAGGCUAGUGACCUACUGAAUGACCUGCAGGUGAAACUGAACAACGUGCUGGACGAGCUCAGUCGAACAUUUGGGAACAGUUUCCAGGUCAAGAUCAAUGAUUGUAUGCGACAGAUGUCGUCUCUCUUGAACCAGAUCAAAGGACCGCUCAACGCCAACAACAAAAACCAGGUGGAUGGUGACUCUGACGUCAUGUUACGGCCACUGAUGGAUUUUCUGGAUGGAAGGCUCACACUGUUCGCCACUGUGUGUGAGAAAACCGUGUUGAAGCGCGUGCUGAAGGAACUGUGGAGGAUUGUGAUGACCAGCCUGGAGAAGACUAUUGUUCUGCCACAAGGCAAUGAUACCUUUGGUGCACAGAUUCUUUCGGCUGCAAAAGAACUGGGUCAGCUCUCGAAACUCAAGGACCACAUGGCAGGAGAGGCUAAAAGUCUGUCUCCCAGGCAGUGUGCAGUCAUGGACGUGGCACUGGACACUAUCAAGCAAUACUUCCAUGCAGGAGGCAGCGGGCUGAAGAAGGCGUAUCUGGAGAAGAGUCCUGAGCUGUCUUCACUACGGCACGCUCUGUCCCUCUACACACAGACCACAGACACACUCAUCAAGACCUUUGUGACCACCCAGCAUGCACAAGGUUCUGGGGUAGACAAACCAAUAGGUGAGGUGUCUGUCCAGAUUGACCUGCACAAUCCUGCAAAGGGGGAUCGAAAGGUUACCGCCAAAGUCAUCGGAGCCAAUGACUUAAAGUGGCAGACGUCUGGCAUGUUCCGACCCUUUGUGGAGAUCACUGUGAUCGGACCGAAUCUCAGCGACAAGAAACGCAGAUUUCAGACCAAAUCGAAGAACAACAGCUGGUCUCCGAAGUUCAAUGAGACCUUCCAUUUUGUUCUUGGUAACCAGGAGGGCUUUGAGUGCUACGAGCUGCAGGUCUGUGUCAAAGAUUACUGCUUCGGCCGCGCUGACAGAGUCGUCGGCCUGACUGUGAUAAAGCUAAAAGACAUCAAGGGAAACUGUGCGUGCUGGUGCCCUCUGGGCCAGCGCGUCCAAAUGGACGACACAGGUCUCACCGCCAUGCGAAUCCUCUCCCAGCGCUCCAACGACGACGUGGCCAAGGAGUUUGUGAGACUAAAAUCAGAGACUCGCUCGGCCGAGGAAGGCAGAUGAGGAGAGCUGGAGAGGGAGGGAUGAAGACGUUGAGGAAGUCACAAUGGAAGGACAAUCUCGUGUGACAGUUUGGAUUGAAAGAAGGAAAUUAUUCCAUAAAUGGCAAUGUGGACUCCUUUAUUAGAAUUUAAGUGUCUUAGCUGCUGUUGGCCGUGUGGUGUCUCCUUGCCAAGCUCAGAACGCACUGUCACGUUUACCUGCCAGGUAUUUUGGAAAAAAGCUCACACUUUCCACGUCACAUUAAUUACAGAGCUACUGUACCGCUAACAGCCACUUCGGCACAGGCUCACUCAACCUCUACACUCACCAGCUGUUUCAUCAGGUAGUCACCAGUUCAACCUUUCUUUUUUUAACCCAUCUCCUCAUGAGUUGACACUACAGCCACAAGGGAACAGAGGGUGCCAGAGGGUCUCCACUGGACUGCCAAAAGUAUUCCCACACCUCUCCUCUGUUGUUGUGCAAUAACACCACCUGAACCUCCUGUUAACUACGGCCCCGUUUGAAUGCCUUACACCCUGCAAAUUGUGAAUGUGUGAAGUUAAAGAAAUCUUUUAAACUCUGUAUCUCUCUGUGAUAGUUUGAGUCAAUGUGAAAAUACUGAAUGAGUAACUAGAAGGCACUACUGCUGUUUUAAGGUCAUGAAACUGUUGAGUAGAGUGGAAAUGAAGCUGUUGAAAUAUUGUUCUGGUUUCACAAGUUGAUCUUGUGCAGCUUAUGGUUCUAUGGAAGGUACUUAAACCCUUAAUUUGACCCCUUCAUUUAAAGGAUUGUUCAGUUGAUCGUGUGCCUUGCCCUGUUACAUUGUUCCUGCUUCUUCAUCUCUCUGUAUGUUUAAAGGUGAACCCUGUUUUCUUUGUAUUUAUAUAUUAGCUUCAUCACCGACUCUUGGCUAAUGUGGCCUAGUGUAACCAUGAUGUUACUAAUUUAUUUAUUGUUUUUAUACAUAUUUAUUUUUGCCUGUGCUUGUUGUUUACCACUGGAGACAGACAUGCGUUGCUCAAAAUUUGCACAGUUUGCUGUUCCGGUCUGGAGUUUCUUAUCAUGUUUAAAUACACAAAUAAAGCAACGUCAUGUCUUUGACUAACAACUGUCAUUUAGAUCUGAUGAUGUGAUGUAAGGAAAGUUCAGAUAAUGAGUGCAGGAUUACUUGUGGUUUCAGUUAUCUUCCUGCUCUUGAACUCAUCAUGAAUGUGGCCUUAAUUUAGAAUAAGACAUAUUUCAUCCUUAUUUUUUCCUCGUCCUCAAAGUGAUGAGGACGGACCACUACCUUCCCUACGUCGGACAUGUUUUCCAAGUGAUGCUCCUUUUUGAUAGUAUUUCAAACGUAACUGUAUCUGAGUUUUCUUCGCCAUGUGUUAUGUUUGUGUUUUAUGUCUUCUCAAGUUUUAAGAUCAUUUUUUCUUAAUAUUUCAAAUGAUUUCAGUCGUAGUGAUGUAAGAAGUAUUUGACACUGAGAUGUGCCAGCGAGUUUGUUCUUAAAUGAUUGAGAGUGAUAAAGUGUUUCUCUUUAGGAAGGACGAGAACCUCGAUGUGUUCACAUUUUUAAACUCCUCAUUGUCUGAAGCAAUGAGUAUUCACAUUCCUCUUUUUAGAAAUCAUUAACCCAUGAUAAUAAAUGAUGUCGUUUGUUUCAGAGGAGAAAUGUUUCAUAGCCAAUCUGUGAUGAAAAUGUUCCUUGUGCCAUUUUGCGAUUGCUCACUUUUGUUUUUGGUUUUUAUUUCACAUUUUCUAAAUCGUUCACCCUUGCACUACCACAGUCAUCAAGUCAAAGUAACUGCUUUUUUGUGUUGUUUUCUUUGUAUUGUCACUACUCGAACAUGUUUUUGUCACCAUGUAAACAUUCCAAUUAAUAAUUUUUGUAUAAAGUAUUUGAGAAGUA